AUGGUCACCGAAGUGUAUAACUUCAGCCAAAAGCCCGAGUUAGAUCGUUCUUCAGUCUGUGGGCACUGCACAAAAGGACCAAACUCGCGCAUAAAGUCAACCGCUUACAUCCCAAUUACCCCGGUUCUCCACCAGCUUCGCAGGGGUGGACGGAACCUGAUGUCCUUGACUCGCGACGAGGAACGAAAACAAUUGCCUCGCUACGAGGUUGAGCAACUGAAGUUAGAAAUCAUUGGCGGCGGCAAUGACACGAAACACAUCACAGACCCCGCUACUCUGCCAGCCUUUGUGAAUGUCAAGGAAGAGCCAAAUAUCACUGGAGGUACUGAUGGAGCGCCGGAUCUAGAGCUGAAGCAAGCGAAGAUUGACCCGCCACCUGCUCGGUGGGCUCCCAGUCCUACAAAAGGAAGAGAUACACGUGAAAUCAUGGCCACCAACUCAAAAUCAGACCAAAACGACCAAGAGCGAAUCUACCACUUCAUGUCACUCUUGAUUCCAGCAAGCUCUCACGUCCGACAGGGUCAUUCUCCUCGAGUCGUCAAGCGUGGAUCUAGUCAAACCUGA